AUGGCGGCGCCUAUGAAGGUUAUGGGUGCUCUGCUGCUAAUUAUUAUUGUAGCUGUGUUGCAAUCUACUUGUAGUCCUGUCAAAUCCAAGUCAGUUACCGCUAUUUUAGAAUCCAAAUGGUGGAACACUCCAUAUUUAUUAGAAAUGAGUGAAUUCUUAGCUGAAGAAAGUAACGACUAUUUUUGGAAUUUUGUAGACACUAUAUCAUCAAUAGAUUUAGCAAGAGCACUCGGUGCAGACUCUCAAGAUGAAGAGCUGUUUCAUUUAGGAAUUAGAAAUGCACAACAGCUACUUACUCCAAUGGGGGUGAAAUUAAUGAAAUUUUCAUUAUCGAUAAGAUCUAACUCACCCAAAAUAGAAAUGUUUAACCAGAUUGUAAAGGAUUUACCACCACCAGAUGAUUGCGAUUGUUUUGUAGAGAUUCAUGGUGCAAUGACCUGUAGGAUAGAUCAAAUAAAAACACUCAUAUCCACAGCUAAUAAUAGGCAAAAACCCCAUAUAUUCAACCUAGACCAUUCGUAUCCUGGUUCUAAUGGGCCUAUAAUAGUUGUUUUGUAUGGUAAUUUUGGACAACCUGGUUCAAGUUUUCCCAUCUUUCAUCAAUAUCUGAAGAAUCUCAUAACCAGAGGAGAAAUUACUUACAUUCUCAGACAUUAUGUUAAGGAGCAACCAGAUCAUAAAGUACGUCUAUCUGGCUAUGGUGUUGAGUUAGCUAUUAAGAGUACAGAAUAUAAAGCUGUUGAUGACAGUCAAGUAACUGAAGAAGAAGACAAUAUAGAUGAGUUCAGUCCUGAAGGAGAGGAUGAUGUGCAAGGAUUUGUAUUUUCCACACUCAGAAAAAAAUAUCCAGACCUUGAGGACAAUUUGAAGCAGUUUCGCACUCAUCUUAUAGAUAGCAGUCUCUCAACAGCACCAUUGAAAAUAUGGCAGUUACAAGAAAUAAGUGUCCAGGCUGCACAAAGAGUACUGUCUUCAUCAACGGAUGAUGCAUUGAGAGUUAUGAGGGAUGUCAGUCAGAAUUUUCCAACCAAGGCCAGGUCACUUGUAAAAACACAUGCGAAAAAAGAAAUCAAAGAUGAAAUACGUAAAAAUCAAGAUCAUGCAGGAAGACAUCUUGGUCUCUCACCUGGUGAGGCUAUGAUAUUAAUUAAUGGAUUACAGAUUGAUACAGAUAUAGCUGAUCCAUUCAUGUUGCUUGAUUUAUUUCGAGGUGAAGCAAGACUGAUGGAAGGACUGAGUUUGUUGGGACUAUCCGCAGAGAAUACCAAGGCAUUAAUGCAGAUUUCUGCUAAAUCCAAUGAAGAUUCCUUUGCAAUUGAUGUUCGAGAUCAUGCAGUGGAGUAUAUAAAUGACUUAGAGACUGAUAAAAAAUAUAACCACUGGUUAAGAUCGGUGCAGGAUUUACUGAGACCUACGUUUCCAGGAAUGUUACGUCAAGUCCGCAAAAAUCUCUUCCAUCUGAUAGACAAAUGUACCACAGCUCUAUGGAAAACACUGGUUGAAUAA